AUGUUAUGGUGGACUGAAGCUUUAUGGGUUGUUAUCAGUUACCAUACAUGUAACAAGUACUUCACAUUUGUGGCAGAGGACACUAAUUCAGGGGUUCACACAGGGAACACUAAUUCAGGAGCAGUUAUGAGGUCAUUGAAGAUUUUGAACUAUAAUGUUGGGUUCCGAGAAGACUUGAUGAUGCGAAAGAAGAUGAAAGCAGUCGGUGACCUAAUUCAACAGCAUUCUCCAGACCUUAUUUGUUUUCAGGAGGUUACUGCUAAAAUAUACGACAUACUUCUCCAAUCCAGCUGGUGGAUGGUAUAUCAGUGCGCACUUUCCGGAGAAGAGAUAGAUUCUGGGAAAUUCUUUUGCAUGCAGUUAAGCAAAUUGCAUGUGAAAUCGUUCAAUUGCAUACCCUUCAAAAAUUCAACAAUGAGGAGAAAACUUUGUGUUGCUGAGUUUAAAGAUGAGGAGGACAAGCUUUUGGUUGUUGCCUCUAGCCAUCUCGAGAUACCAUGCCUGCGUCGUCCUACAUCAAAUCAAAUGCUUAGCAGGGUAUGUGUGGAGCAGGCAAAGGAGGCUAUGAACCAUCUGGAGAGGAAUGAAAAUGUGAUCUUUUGUGGUGAUUUGAACUGGGAUGACAAGCUGGAUGGUCAGUUUCCUUUACCUGCGGGAUGGGUUGAUGCCUGGACAGAAUCAAGGCCAGGGGAAAAUGGGUGGAUGUAUGAGUUUUCUGGUAAUGGCACACUGCAGAAGCGGCAAGACCGGUUUAUUUGCCAUUUGCGUGAUUAUAAGAUUAGUAGAAUUGACAUGAUUGGGAUAUUAGAGGCAAUACCCCUUUUGCUUUUAACAAUCAGUAGCCAGUGAUGUUGGUUAUGAUGAAGUGAAUGGUUUAACGGAACUAAUGAUAC